AUGCUGCUGCGUUGGAGCGACACGCCUUCGGACACGCUGGGCCAGGUGGUCGACGCCCUGCAGCAUCAGGGGCGGCCCACGCCAGACCGCCUCGCCGACGUGCGGGUGGCGCCCUCCGCCGACACCACCCUCAUGUGGUCGCACACGGGCCUGCCCCACCCGCGCCGGGACGCCACGCUGGCCGAGAACGGCAUCACCUCCGCCUGCGUCCUCCGCUGGGUCCAGGUCGCCGAAGACUGA